AUGGCUGGGUUUCCGCUGAAAGACUACGGAGAGGAGCUCAAUGGCGGUGAUCUCCUCGCGCAGACACUCAAACACCUCGGAGUGGAGGUAGCCUUUGGUCUACAUGGCGGGCAUCUUGAUGCAUUUCUCCAGGGUUGUGAAGCUUCUCAAAUCCGGUUGAUCGAUACCCGACACGAGACAGUUGCUGUCCAGGCAGCCGAAAGCUACGCCAAAUUCUCCAAAAAGAUUGGUGUUUGCUUCAUUACAGCCAACAGCGGCUUCUCCAAUGGUAUCCCUGGUCUGGCGACAGCUCUGGCCGAUCGGUCACCGAUUCUCUGCAUAACGUCCUCGCCUCCAACUCGCGAUCUGGAGAACAAUUCACUUCAAGGCAUAAUUGACCAGGUCGUUGUUUCUCGUCCGCUGACGAAGUUUGCCUACCGGAUGACGAACCCUGAGGAUACUCCGCGAAUCGUUAAGCAUGCUAUCGGAGUCGCAACUUCUGGAGCGCCCGGCCCUGUGCUUCUUGACUUCCCGAUUGAUGUAUUAUUCACGCCUGUACAUAAACCUCUGAUAUCGUGGGGGUCGGUUUCUUCACCCUUCCCAUAUGGACCUGGCCCACACACCGCUGCAAUUGACGGGACAGUUGAAUUAUUGAACGCUGCAAAAAGGCCUUUGAUCAUACUUGGAACAGGAGGCAAUUCCAAAGAGGUACAAAGCCAUUCCUACAAACUGUGGAUUUGUGCUGACCGUGCAAACGUGUACAAGGCAGGAGAGAGUCUCAUGAAGCUAUCGGAAACAUGCGGCAUUCCAAUUUUCGACACGAUGAAGUGCAAGAUAUCCUUCAUUCCCUCGCAGUUCUCUUUCAAUGCAGGGCCCAGCGGCAUCCUUGCCCUUCUACCGCGCCUUGGUAUCCAGCAGCCUGAUCUCAUCUUGCUCCUCGGUGCCAGAACCGGAAUGUUCCUUGGUGGUCGAUCGGGUGCGAUUAUACCCGAGAAAGACUGCAAGCUGGUCCAAGUAGACGUUGAUGGUGCGGAAAUUGGCAGGACACUUCCGGUCGACCUCGGAGCUAUUAGUGAUGUUACUCAGUUCGCUGCUGCAUUGAACCGUCAUUAUGAUAGCACCCCUUUCCAGGGCUCAGUGGACACCCAAUGGGUGAAUAAUAUCCUCAGUGUUAAAGGUCUGGCGUCGCCUUAUGAGCAAGAAGCAGAGGUCCAGCCAUCAGGACGUCUCCAUCCAUACCACGCACUGAAGCAUGUCUUAAGCUCAGUUCCAAAGGAAAGCAUCGUCAUCCUUGAUGGCGGCGAAGCGCCGCUUUGGGCAUCGAAUGUGAUAUCCCAUUGCUCGCCCAAUGCAAUAGUAAAGUCGUCCGGGAGCCUUGGGUUCUUAGGUAACGGGUUUGGAUACGCCCUCGGAGCAGCUGUGGCAUGUCCUGAUCGGACGGUCAUUAAUCUGCACGGAGACGGAUCCGCGGGAUUCCAUUUUAUGGAUCUGGAUACUUACAAACGACACAAUCUGAAUAUUAUGACGAUUGUAGUCAAUAACUACUGUUGGGGAAUGAGCUCGAAUGGACAGGAUUUGAUCUAUGGUACCAAGACUCCUACCCGUCCUGUGAGUCACCUGAGCCCUGUCACGGAUUACAGUCUUGUGGCGAAGGCACUGGGAAAUAGUAGUGUGAAGAUACAGACAAUCAGCGAUGUGGCUCCUGCGCUAGCAGGAUUGGUGAAUCAAAACGGCCCGACUUGCAUCGAGCUGGUCGUGAUGAUAAGCCUACUCAUCCUAUUACUGUCGCUAUGGUGGGCCAAACUGAUGAGCCUGGGAUGGUGGUCGUUCCAUAUUAUGAUAAUGUUCCCAGGGCAUACUAUAAAUCCUGAGGCUAUGUAG